AUGUCGAUACACCCAUCACGGCAGGCCUAUGUCGAGGAGGAGCCAGAGGACUCUGAAAUGACCUAUGACCUCAACAAUGUUCCUCUGGAUACCGACUAUUACAUGCCCUCCGCCACUGGCGGUAACGAGAAAGCUGCCGACGUGAUUGCCCAGUUCAACCGAAAGCGCAAAGCCAAUGCCAUUGCUGUUCCUACCGACGAUGUCAGAGUCCGCGCGAGAUUACGAGAACUAGGUGAACCCAUCACUCUGUUUGGCGAGCGCCCCGAAGAUCGAAGAGACCGUCUACGAGAACUGCUCUACACCAAACAAGAAGCCAACGGAGAAGAUGUUGCAAUGGACGUGGAUCAAGAGGAAGAAGACGAGGAAGAGCAGGAAUUCUAUACAGAAGGUGUCGAUGAGCUGCUCGAGGCCCGCAAAGAAAUCGCCCGCUUUUCUCUACCCAGAACACAACAACGCGUUCAUUUCCAACGACUCGAAUCUGCCAUUCCUUUACAACGACACGUCGAUCAUCGCAACUACGUCAAGGACAAGUUAUCAGGCUUUGAAUUGUUUGGUUCACAGAUCGCUGGAGAGCGUCCCGUAAGCAUGGCUCGUUUCUCGCCCAACGGAAAAAUGGUCGCUGCUGGAAAUUGGGGAGGUUCAAUCAAGCUGCUGGAUGUGCCUAACCUGGAAGAAAAGGCUGUUCUUCGUGGUCACACUGCUCAAGUCAGUGGCAUCUCAUGGUUCCCUGGCGCUACUUUGGACGGCACCACCGUGUCGGAAGGUAGCUUGAACAUGGCUUCUGGUGGUGGAGAAGGCAAUAUUCAUCUCUGGUCUCUGAACCAAGACACUCCCAUCUCAACACUGUCUGGUCACACAGGCAGAGUAUGUCGUACCGAGUUUCACCCUUCAGGCAAAUACCUCGCUUCCGCCUCAUACGACACCACAUGGAGAUUAUGGGAUGUCGAAACCACAACAGAACUACUCCUCCAAGAAGGCCACUCGCAUGAGGCAUAUACCGUUUCUUUCAAUCCGGACGGUUCUCUUCUUGCAAGUGCUGGUCUCGACAGCAUUGCUUGUCUGUGGGAUCUGCGUAGUGGCCGUCGCGUUCUUUAUCUUGAAAGCCACAUUGCUCCAAUUUAUGGUCUGGACUGGAGUCCCGAUGGUUACCGUGUCAUGACUGGUUCGGGUGAUGGUUUCGCAAAAUGUUGGGACAUCCGCGCAAUGAAGGAGACUGCUUCAAUAGGUGCUCACAAGGGCGGUGUAACAGAUCUUCGCUGGUUCAAGGGUAUAGACGGUCCACUGAGCGGCAAGUCUCUCACAAAGCACAACGAUUCUCAAGACUUUGUUCCCAAGAAGAGUGGCACUUUCUUUGUCAGUGCAGGUUUUGACAAGAAUGUCAAGAUCUUCUCGGCCGACGAUUGGGCGUUGUGCAAGAGUCUGAGCGGUCAUUCUGGUCAUGUGCUUUCUACCGAUGUCACCAGCGAUGCCAAGUGGAUCGUCAGUUCGAGUUAUGAUCGUACAGUCAAGCUAUGGGCAAGAGACGACAUGCAGGGGCUGUACGACGAUGACACUUCGAAUGGCAUGGAUACGAGUACGUAG